GCAACGAGCGGCGAGUGUCGGUCCGAUGCUACGUGGCCGUCGCCGCCUGUUGCACCGAGUCCCACGUAUUUCACGUUAGCCACGCGGAGACGGCCUCUCGCUCUGCCCCUUUUCUUCGCAGCAGCCCCCUCCUGUGCGCGGACACGCUGGAACCCGAAGUUUCUUUAACGAGGGAGCGAGCCGAACGCGCGCCCAGCCGCGCCGGGUUUGAGUGGCGAGGUUUUGCACAGACGACGCUGGCCCCAAACAUGGCCAACACGAGGCUUUACCUCUCAGAAGACCGCGGGGUCUUGUGGCGGAGAAGCCCUGAGCAGGACCUGCCCUCCAACCUGGGGAGGUUCAAGGUCCGUCCCUACGUGCUGGGCUUGAUGGGCUUCACGUCGUGUUGGCCCUGCCGGGAGCUGGAGCUCUGCGGAGAAGGCACGCGGGCCAUCGAGGUGGCAAGGGAGGUGUGGCAGCUGGGCAGGAGGGCCCCCGCCCCCAUCCCCUGCGGGCACAACUUCUGCCGGGCGUGCAUCACCCGCUGCUGGGAAGGGCUGGAGGAGCGUUUCUCCUGCCCGCAGUGCAGGCAGACGGCGUCGCAGAGGAGUUUCCGUCCCAGCAGGGAGCUGGCCAAUAUCGCCGACAUCGCCAGGCAGCUGAGCGGGCGGGCGGCAGGAGGGGCGGCGGGACGGGAGGGGUUGUGCCGGCAGCACCAGGAGGCUCUGAAGCUCUUCUGCAAGGAGGACCGGGAGCCCAUCUGCGUGGUGUGCGACAGGUCCCAGGCCCACCGCUUCCACGCCGUGGUCCCCGUCGAAGAAGCUGCCCAGGAAUACAAGGAGGAAAUCCAAGCCCGCCUACAGGCUUUGAAGGAGGAGAGAGAAAAAUACCUGGAAAGCAGCAAAACCGGAGUACGGAAGAGCUCGUACCUGGAGAAAACCAGAAACGAAGCAAAGAAGAUAGCGUGUGAAUUCGAGCAAUUGCACCAAUUUUUGAAGGACCAAGAGCGCCUCCUCCUGAUCCAGCUGAUAGACCUGGAGCAGGCCAUCACCAGGGCCCAGAAGGAAGCAGUGGUGAAGGUCUUGGAGGAGAUGUCCCACCUCGACACCCUGAUCUGGGAGAUGGAGGGGAAAUUCCAGCAGCCGGCGAGCCAGUUCCUGCAGGACAUCAGAAGACUCUUGAAUAGUUGCGAGGUGAUGAAAUUCAGCCCUCCGGUGGAGAUUUCUUCCGAGCUGGAAAGAGGACUUGAGGACUUCGUUCAGAGAAACGCCCUCGUGAGGGGGACGCUGAGGAGAUGCCAAGACAGCCUGAUGUUCGCGCUGCAAGAGCCAACCGACGUGACCCUGGACCCUGCCACGGCUCAUCCCAACCUUCACCUCUCCGAGGACCGAAAACAAGCCAGGGGGCAGCUGACGCGGCAGAACCUCCCCGACAACCCGGAGCGAUUUGACUUCGAACCCUGCGUGCUGGGCUGCGAGGGUUUCACCUCGGGGAGGCACUUCUGGGAGGUGGAGGUGGGGCAGGGGGGCGUCUGGGCCCUAGGGGUGGCCCGAGCGUCGGUCAAGAGGAAGGGACCGAUGAGCCUCACCCGCAAGGAGGGGGUCUGGGCGCUGGAGGCUUAUCACUCCCUCACGUCCCCCCGCGCCAACCUGCGCCCGAAUCAGCUCCCCAGGAGGAUACGGGUCUCCUUGGACUACGAAGGGAGGCGGGUGGCGUUUUUCAGCGCAGACGACGACGCUCCCAUCUUGGUUUACACCGGGGCCUUGUUCAACGGGGAGAGGGUCUUCCCCUGGUUCAAGAUCGGGAUGGGGGCUCAUUUGCAAGAAAUCAGCCAAACCCCGCUCUCAGAGGACCAGCCCAUGACUGGGCAGCUGAUGUCCCCUCUGGACUGGGUAGGGUUCAGGUUCCCCCUCCGGAUCUGUCCUUGA